AGGGAGAAAGUGAGCUCACGUUCACACAUUGGUGAAGAGGCUGGUCUUGCAAUGCCUUUGAAUAUUUUACUUUCAGGCAGUUCCUCAUCAGUCAGCCGCACACAUCCGAGGCGAGCUGAAGCUAACUACAGCCAUGGACAGCACUAGGAGAUCUCAAAUCUAAUCGCACGCAUCAUUCCUCCGGGAUAUUUUUUUAAAUUCCAUAUCUAAACACGCUGACAGGCAGCUGCACUCACACACACUCACACGCACACACACACACAUCCACACGUCGCAGAGCUGCCGAGCAAACACCUUGUCUCCUCUCGCAGGAUAUACCCGCUCACACACAUCUCUCUUUAUCUCCUCCUGGCUUCCCGGAGGAUCCUGCCGGCUGUUUUUCAUGGAGAAAGUCCAGGGAGAAAUGGAGAUUGAGAGAUGGGAAAGAAGUGAAGAGAUUUCAGACGCAGAGAAAAAGGUUAUUCAAGAGAUAUGGAGCAGAGUAUAUGCAAACUGCGAGGACGUUGGGGUCUCCAUACUCAUCAGGUUUUUUGUGAACUUCCCCUCGGCCAAGCAGUACUUCAGCCAGUUCAAGCACAUGGAGGACCCUCUGGAGAUGGAGAGGAGCUUGCAGCUGCGCAAGCACGCUCGGAGGGUCAUGGGGGCCAUCAACACUGUGGUGGAGAACCUCAACGACUCUGAAAAGGUCUCCUCCGUCCUGGCCCUGGUGGGCAAGGCCCACGCCCUCAAGCACAAAGUGGAGCCCAUCUACUUUAAGAAACUGACUGGUGUCAUGCUGGAGGUCAUUGCUGAGGAAUACCCCAACGACUUCACCCCGGAGGCACACGGAGCCUGGACCAAGAUGAAGACCCUCAUCUACACCCACGUGACAGCGGCCUACAAGGAGGUGGGCUGGGCUCAGUACCCCACUGCCACCCUGUGAGCGCCCAGGGGGCCACGAGAGGGGCAGGGAGGGCUUCGCUCACCCCAGGACUUCACUUUGGUCUCUUCUCAAGAUCUUUGCUCGGUUUGGGGAGCCCGGUAGGGCCAGUUCCGUCAGCUGCCAAGUCACAAUUUGAUCUCCAUGGGGUUUAAAAACAAACUAAAUAAGCCAAAAAACAAAAAACCAAACAAACCACAGAACCACGAAGGGUGUGGGUGGGUCGGCGCGAAGCAGUUGCAGGGGACUCUGGAAGGGGAUGCAGAGGGCGAGGGGAGAGCGUUGGUUGUUGGCUCCAUCUUCCUGUCCUGGCCUGUCCAUCAGCACCUCCUGAAUCCUGCACCUCGCUUGCACCAUCUCAAAGUCCCUUAUUCAAGCGCUGCUGCCCCGUUCACUGACAAACAGCACGACCCUCACUUUCCAUGCGAAGCCCCGGGGUAAACCUGGCUUUUGGGGGCACAGGUGGAGACCUCCGACUGGCACCGAGAAUGCUUUGCUUUGCACUUUCCGGAUCGCCUGGCAGGGCUGGCAGGGCUGGCAGCCACCGGGUGCCCGUCACCCUGCGCUCCAGGUCACCCGCAGUCCCUGUCCUUGGCUGGCUGGGGCAAACCCUGCUGGGCUGGGAGAGGAGCGCUCCCACAGCACCACAGGAGAGCGGGAAGGAGGCGGGAGCCUUUGGGCUGCCUCCCCUCGCCGUGUGCCCGUGGGAUCCCUGUGCCGUACGUGGGGAGCUGGUGCGCCCACCCGCCGCCCUCCAGCUCCCUGAGGAUGGGCUCGGGUGGCACACGAUGUGCCAGUGCCCCUGGAGCUGGUGUGCGUCCGUCUGUCUGCCCAGCUCUGCCCUCUCGGCGGGAAGGGGCGUCAGGCUGUGACCGGGAGGAGGAAGGAUGGCACUGACGUGUCAGGAGGGAUUUCUGGGUGUGAGGAAAGGUCCCUUCUCUGUUGAAAUUAAUAAAUACCUUGUAUAGAGCAUAUUCCUGCCCCCGUGGUGAAACUGGGUUCCUCCAAAUGAAGUGCCUGGUAGAAAUCAGCCCACGCAGGAGCGGUGUCCCUCCUGGGGACAGCAGUGCUCCUGCCUGUGCCUGGCAAAGGCUUCUCCCACACCCCCCAAAACGUGGCUGCAGGGCUUGGAGCACUCAUCCCGCCUCCAGCACCAGCUGCCCCUGAACCUCCGGGUGAGUCUGCCUGGCUCGUGCCUCAGUUUCCCCUGCAGCUGUAAAAAGGGGAGAAGAAGCAGCCCUGUUGCCUCCUGCCCACGUGUGGUUGGAUUUAUAAGAUUUCUGGGAACUGAAUGGCAAAGGAUUGAGGAUUAAAUGUCAGAUGUGCUGGGAAGCUCUGGAAUCCUUGCCACCCAAUAUUUCCCUAAAGGCCUCUGCUAUUUUUAGAGCUCUAGCAUUAAAGGCAAUGUUAUCUGUUGAAGUGGGAGGAGGGUUCCCUUCUGAGAUUUCCUCUGGCCUUGCUCCACCGCUGUCCUGGAGAGCUGGCAGCUUCCUGAGAGAGACCAGCUCCUCUCCUGGAUGCCAGCUGGACAAGGCAACCAGCCCACAGUUCCAACUGGGAUCCCUACAGCCAGCUUGGGGACAUCCCUCCACUGUGGGGACACUGCUGGAGGGGCAGUGGUCACUCCCCCAGGCUGACCUCCCUCCUCCAGAGCAAACAGACAGAAGCUCCUGCUUUGCUCACCUGUGCUUUUAAUCGUCCCCAGGAACAGGUUUAUUAUAUCUCAAAUAGCCCAAGGACUCCGGUAGUGUCACUGCAGCCACUCUGGCCUUGCAGUUCUUCCCUUCCUGCAUCCCACACUGCCACGGAUGGAGAGGAGCAGCGGAGCCUGAGCAGUGGCACAUCCUGGGCAUCCACGGAGAGCUGGGUGGCAAUAACAGCUCAGGCACCGCUGUCCUUGGCAUGGCAGCGUGCAAGAUCCAGCGGGUUGUAAAAGGAAGGGACAGGCACGGGGUGACAAGCGAUGCUGCUUUGCUCAUGGGGUGGGCUGUCAGUUAGGAUCAGCAGCCCCAAAAUUCAGCACCACUGGCGCAGGUGCCACCAGCCGCUGCCUCCAGCUUGUGCUGGAGCGUCACAGCGGCUGCUCAUCCCUCGAGGGUCAGCGGCAGCCUCCCGCAAACGGCUGCUGCUGCCUGGGGCAGGGAUGGAUGGGAAAAACCUGUUCAGGCACUGACUUCCCUCCAGUGCAGGGCUGGAGAGGGAUCACUUGGAUCAAGACUGUUAGAUGAUUGUUGUGUGUGUGCACAUCACGGGGCUCUCACGAGCACAGCUUUACUGACUCCUGCCAGGGCCUUGAGGCCAGCAGCGCAUAUUUCUGGUGAGUUCAUGCACUCCCCGUGCUCUGCGCAUGCUGGGCCAGGGAUGUUUCCAUACAGGGACGUUUCCUCUUUAGACAAAAUUUGCACGUUAACCUUUGAGGUUAAUAAUCUCCAGGUGGGAAUUUUUUUUUUUAUUUUUUUUUUUCAACGCAAACCCUUCCCCUCCCUUCCCACAUCCAAAACUGGGCUCCCACUCCGCAGAGAAGCCACUUUGGAGUGUCUGGAAAUUCUCCACGUUCAUACCCAACCUACCCGUGUGCCUUGGCUUUUGGGGAGGAGAAUCAGGGAGGUUUCCCCCCACUUCCCCACUGAACUGUUCUUUGGUUUCUCCUUUCUCUUUUUACAUCCCUAGAAAGAGCUGACCCGCAGGCUCGUGCGCCCACACGUGUGCUGGGCUUGGGGCUUUUUCCAGGCACUUUUUCCUAAAGCAGAUCCAGAUGUGUGCAGCUGCUGUCCCUCGAGGAGCACCCCCCCAUCAGCCAAAUUGCAGGCCGCUCCAAUAGAUGCAAAGGAAAACAUGUUUAUUUUUGGCAGCUUCAUAGGAAGUAACAUGAGGCAGGAGGGCUGUUGGGGUGAAGCUCGGGAGCGGAGGAGGUGGAGAUAAAACGAACGCCCCCUCUUUGCCGCCCUCAGCAGAGGAGGCAUUGCUUAAAUCCAGGAACAUUCUCAUCUGGGGAGAGAUGAAGAUCAGCAGAAUAAGGAAAAAGUACCAUUCCAGAAUGACAGGGCUGAUAAAUGCCACGUGGAAGAGCAGAAAGGGGGGCCACGUCCUGGCUCUGUGCACGGCUCUCCGGCACACACACAUCCAUGCACAGCCAUUCCCUGUCACUGCCAGCCCAUUGCUCCCCCCGAUCCCACCACAGCUGACUGGGGGCCCCUUUAUCCCAGUUUUGUUCAGGUCUUGCUCUCUGGGGCUUGACCUUUCACUUCCUGGCACACUUGGACUGUGCUGAGGGCCCUCUGGGCCGGGCUUUGCUCUCCUUGGUGGUGGCAGGUAGGGACCAACUUGCCAAGUCUUUUCCCCAAAACUCACAGGUGAGAAGCUGAGGCUCGGGGCAUCGUUGCCAGCACAUGUUGGGGGCCUGCUGGUCUCUCUCCUGCCCUGUGGAGGAGCCAGGACCCCUGUGCCCCCCAGAGCCAGCCAACCCCUGGCUCAGCCGGUGCCUCGGCAUUAUCAUCCGGGCUGGGCUUGCGGCUGUGAUCCAGGUGGGAAAGCCUUUGUGCCCUCUGCCAGAGGCAGAGAAAUGCUGAGUGAGGGGGGAUUCAGUGUCCCUGGGGCAGGGUCCCACCCGAGCACCUCGUCCUGGCUCUCUUUGGCAGCACCCGCUUGCAUCAGCCAACUCUUGUUGCCCGCCCUGAAGCUCAGCGUUUGAGCAGAGGAGGUUGAGCACUGGGAGGAAUGGGAGGCACUGGGCUGGGAUGGGGCACAGAUCCCACCCACCUCGUCCCCGCUCCCACGGCCAACGUUCAUGGCAGGUUUAGCUCUUCAGGCACCCCCCAACACCACCAGAACCCUUACGGGCCUUGUGUCACCAACCUCAUCUUCUCUUGGGGGGUGACAAAUCCCCCAGGCAGCCGAGCCGUGAGCUCUCCCGGGGGAAUCCUCUCACAUCUCUGCCGCUUUGUCCCAGGAAAGAGGUCGCGGUGUCUCCCCACUGUCUGAGGGGAUGCUCUGCGACUUCAGGGGGGCCCAGAUUUCACCUGGCUGGACUCUGGUGCCAGAACUCGGCCUUCUCUGCCCCUUGCCAUAGGGAAGCUGCCCUGCUGCGGGCACGCGGGAGCGAGGGCUGCUCAGGGCCAGCACCAUCAGACAGAGGGACAAAAAGGAAACCCAGGCGCUGACCUUGGACCAGCUUAGGGGAAGGGAUGGACAAAACCACCCGCCUGGCUCUGAGCUCUUUGCCGGGCUGCGGCGCUAAUUAUUUUCCAUAGCUGAAGUUGUCUCUAAUCGUUAGUACGUCUGAACCAGCCCCGGCGUGACCCACAGACGCGAGCGUGCGCGCUCUGAUGUAACUCCGUGUCUUUCCUCGUUCCUGCUGCAGAUCCUGUUCAUGUUCGUGUUCCUCGCCGCUUCCGUGCUGGUUUUAUACCUGCGUUUCCGUGUAUAUGGGUGUAACUCGUUUUUCUUUUUGUAGGUUUUUAGUAUGUUUGUAACCGGACAAAAUGGUGUUAUUAAACCGAAACUUGUAUCUUCAGUGGAUAAAUCAAUCAAACUCC